ACAUGUGGGACAGAGAGGGUGUUUGUCUAUUUUUCUGACCUUUGAUCAGUUCAGAACAAACAUGGCGGCCGUCAGCAGAGAAACGAAGCGACUCUUCUUCAUACGACUCCUCAUCGCUUUUAUCCCAGCAUGCACUGGGCUUCCUGGAGGCGUGACUGUGAGCAAACCAGAGGCCAGCGGUUUCCUGCACCGAACUCGUCGAGCAAACUACUUGUUUGAGGAGCUGAGGCGAGGCGAUCUGGAGCGUGAGUGUAUGGAGGAGAAAUGCUCCUACGAGGAGGCGAAGGAGAUCUUCGCUCUGCCUCAGCAGCUGGAGACAUUCUGGAAGCUGUACACAGCGGUGGACCACUGCCUCUCCUCUCCUUGUAAGAACGGAGCCACCUGUACUCGUCAUGUAGACACUUAUGCCUGCAAAUGCCUGCCUGGUUUCCAUGGACACAACUGUGACAAAGCUCGCCUGACCUCCAAUGGUUGUCGCUUCAGAAACGGAGGAUGUGAACAUUUCUGCAAAGAUUUGCUGAACCGUUCACACGUCUGUUUCUGCGCUCCAGGAUAUCGCCUUCAUCAAGAUGGCAGCAGCUGCCUGCCCCAAGAUGCUGUGGUCUGUGGAAGACCUCAGAUACACUUUACCCCCAGGGUCAUUAAUGGGAUGGUCUGCCCCAAAGGACACUGCCCCUGGCAGGCUAUGCUCGCUGAACGUAAUGUUUUUAUAUGUGGAGCAAUCGUGCUGUCGGAAAGGUGGGUUUUAACUGCAGCCCACUGCGUUUGGCGAAAACCUGCCGCUGACUUCAACAUCACUGUGGGUGAACAUGACCUCGACCUGGAUGACAGGACUGAGCAGAAGCGGCGGGUGGUCAAAGUGCUGAUCCAUCCCAGCUACAACAAGACCAACUCCGACAGCGACCUGGCCAUGUUGAAGCUUCAUCGCCCGGUCAAACUGGGAUUCUACGUGGUUCCCAUCUGCCUUCCUGCCCGGAACAGCACCUUCAUUCGAACACUGGCGAACGUCCGCUACUCCACCGUGUCCGGUUGGGGCCGUCUGUCGCGGUUCGGCCCCGCCUCUGGAAUCCUCCAGCGGCUGUCGCUGCCGAGGGUCCCUCUGCAGGAGUGCCGCCUCCACACCAAGCUCAACAUCACCAGGAACAUGCUCUGCGCUGGGCUGAGGGCCGGCGGGAAGGAUGCUUGUGAAGGUGACAGUGGUGGCCCUCUGGUGACGCGCUACAAGAAAACCUGGUUCCUGACAGGCGUGGUGAGCUGGGGAAAGGGCUGCGCCAAUGAAAACAUGUACGGGGUCUACGCCAGAGUCAGCCAGUUCCUGGACUGGAUCCAAGAUAUCAUGUACACCAUGUGAAACUGGUUCAGGUCGACACUGAAGAUGUUCAAAGCCGACACGGUGAACAGAAAUGUGAAAGAUAAUAUUCAACUACAAUGAAUUAAUUAAGUGUUUAUAAUUUAUACAAUGAGAAAUGCAGGUGAUUUUGUCUUUUUUGUUAUUUUGUCAAGUUAUAAUCGUGUCUGGCUCAACAAACAAGAUGUAAAGUGUUAUCUUUAAUCAGUGAGACGUGGAUGCUUUUACUAUUCUACAAAACAAAUAAAAAGAUGAGUUAAAACUUUC